AUGGCCAUUAUCCCAAAACGAUAUCCUCUUGCAAGACAUCUGUUGGCAAAUUCUCAGCUUCACUACCAGGCUGUCUGCAAACGUGAGGUGAAAGUUCUGGACAUUGACACAGAAAUGGGAGAAGGCAGCAGAUGGUGCAGUAUGCUCCACAAACAGUUGAGGUUGACUGAAGAGUACAUCCUAAGGCUGGCCAAAUGGGAAAAAGCCAGCUGGAAGGUGUGUCCACAGAAAAAUUCAUCUUCAGAUCAUUUGGAUUGCCCAGACCUUUCCAACAUAGAGAGAGAUAGCUUCCUGAAGAGACUCCAGUGCGAUUAUGGCAACCCUCUUCACAGCACCGCCAUGGAAGACCCGAAUGUCCCAGAAGGGAUCUUUGAGAACACUGGAAAAGAGCGGAAUGACAACGCACCGCAGGAACAGAGUCGUGCCAGAAAAUCACAAAGAACUGCUGUGAAGAGGAAGCAGCAGGAGCGGAGCGAUACAGACGAUGAGAAACAGAGGAUGAAGAGAAACCCCAGAGUGAGGGGAAAAGCCAGCUGGCCUGAGAAGAGAAAGAAAGGAGCACCUGAUGUGGAUAGAGGAGAGGCAGAUGCCGUUCAGUCAUCUGAUCCACACCCCACAUCAACAGCCAGCGGACUCAGACAUUUGGUUGGAAAGAAACCUGCGAAGAGGAGUGCUGGGUGGAGGUCAGUAAAGACUCCUCAGAAGAGAGCUGGUGAAUCAGAUAAAGGAAAGUCAAGUGGCUCUGCAUCACAGGAGGACUCUGACAGCAGCUCUGCCCAGAGCCAAAAGCAGGUUCUGUCCUCUGAUGAAGAGGGUCAGGAGGAUGUAAGCUGGGUCUCAAGUCCAAAGAAGAGCAAAGUGUAUAAUUUAGUUAUGCCUAUGACGUCUUCAUUGAAAUCCAGGAAGUCUUUAUCGGUCAAGGGACCUGCAGAACCUCAGAAGGCCACUGUGAACCAGCAGAGGAGAGAGAGACGUGGUCGUCAGGGAGGAACAGAGUUGGAGGUGGUGCUGGAUGCUUUCUUGGAUUUCUGUGAUCAGUACAGGGAGUCUGUGGAGCCUACAGGAAUCAGACAGUCCAUUGAUUCUUUUGCUGCUCAUGUGAAGGAGCAACUUCUGGAAAAGAUCUCAGCGUGCAAAGAGCUCAGGGCUCUGAAGAGAGAAAAUGCUAAGGUGACCUCUUUGAUCCGAAUAAAGCAAAAAAGACUGCUGGAUGCCAAGAAUGAGCUGAACAAUGCAGAGAAGCAGGUGUCACUGCUGGAAAAGGAGGCGGCCAUGCUCAAGCUGCGAUUAGCUGACCUGAGAAGAGGCUCCACCUUUCUGCGUGACAUUAGAGAGCUCACCAGACAAUACCUGGAAUACCGCCAUGUACACCCCAAAGAGAAAGAGACGUAUGGAGCCACCAGCUUACCCGCCCUGAUGCUGGAGGCCAAACAUAUUCUGGAAGCAGAGCAUCAGCUGAAAGGAAUCAACAUAAAACUGGAAAAAAGACUGAAGCAGAGUGGGAAUUAAUGUGCAGACACACACGUCCACAAAUGAUCGUGCACUGCAAUUCAAUCGUGAGACCAC